AUGUCUAAAGCAUUGGCACUUGUGGUUGCAUUAUUUUUUGUGGCAUUUUGUGGUGAAUGUCAUGGGGAACUUAGAUUUGGAUUUUACAAAGGAAAAUGUGGUAGAACAGAUGUUGAAGUACUUGUUAAAAAUGUUGUUCAAACAUGGCAUAAUACAAAGAGGGAAACUGCUAUUGCAGCUGCUCUUCUACGUAUGCAAUUUCAUGAUUGCUUUGUUAAUGGUUGUGAUGCAUCAAUUCUAUUGGAUGGAAACAAUAGUGAGAAAAAAGCACUCCCAAAUUCAAGUGUUAGGGGAUACCCACUCAUUGAUGCAAUUAAAGAAGCUUUAGAGGAAAGAUGCAAAGGCCUAGUCUCUUGUGCUGACAUUAUUUCUAUGGCAGCUAGAGAUGCUGUUGUCUUGAGUGGAGGAAAAUGGUACAAUGUAGAAACAGGACGAAAGGAUGGGAAAGUUUCCUUAGCAUCAAAUGUGAAUCUUCCUUCUCCAUCAAUUUCAGUCUCUGAUUCCAUCAAAGUCUUUGGCAAUAAAAAUCUUUCUCCAACAGACAUGGUUUAUCUUCUAGGUGGCCACACUGUUGGAAAUACUCAUUGCUCACUCAUCCAAGAUAGGAUAUACAACUUCAAUAAUACAGGUGUUCAUGAUCCAACCAUGAGCCAAUGGCUAUUUUCCGAGUUAAAGAAUAAGUGUCCUAGAGUUCCAUCCAAUACUGUUGACAACCCUAUUCCUCUUGAUAUGAAGAGUCCAUCAUUUGUAGAUAACUCAUUUUUUCAAGAAAUUCAAAAGGGAAAUGGGGUUCUUAAAAUUGAUCAACAACUAGCAUUGGAUGGCUUGACAAAGAAAAUUGUGGGUGAUAUUGUCAAAGACCCUAAUUUUUACACUAAGUUUGGAGAAGCCAUGGUGAAAUUGGGUAGAGUUGAAGUACUAACUGAUGGACAAGGAGAAGUGAGGACAUCAUGUAGGGUUGUGAAUAAGAAGUCAUUCUUUUUUGGGUUGUUCAAUUGGAACAAGUAA